GCGGCGGCGGGAUCGUACCCGCGCCCGCCGUCGCGCACCGCCGAGGAGAGCGCCGCGCUCCCGUCCCGGCGCGUCCCGUCCCGUCCCGUCCCGCGGCCCCGCGCCGGGGGAAGGAGGCGAGAGAGCGGUCGUGGGAGAACCUCUCUUCUUCCCCUUGGUGGAAAUACCGAUAAAACCUGUGUUUGAAACUAUUGCUUGACACAGGGAUCAGCAAAAAGAGACCCGUAAUGCCAGGAAUGGUCAGUAAAAACCCAGACCUCGAGUUUGACUCUUUGCAGCCUUGUUUCUACCCGGACGAAGAUGACUUUUAUUUGUGCGGGCCGGACUCCGCUCCCCCGGGCGAGGACAUCUGGAAAAAGUUUGAGCUGCUGCCCACCCCUCCUCUGUCUCCCAGCCGGGCCGGGCUCCAGGAGCACCCUCCGGGAGGGGGCCCGGUGCCGUGGGGAGGAGCGGCUCUGUGGGGCUGCCGCCCCACCGACCCCGUGGACUGGGCAUCGGAGCUGCUCCUGCUGCCGCCCGAGGCCGACCUGUGGGGCGGCGUGGACGGAGGGGACUUCUUCGAGACGGGCCCCGGCGUGACGAACAAUCUCAACUCCAUCAUCAUCCAGGACUGCAUGUGGAGCGGCUUCUCCGCGCGCGAGAAGCUGGAGCGGGCGGUGAGCGAGAAGCUGCAGAGCAAGGCGCCCGCCGCGCCGCCGCCGCCGCCGGGGCCCGCGGGCAGCCCCACCAGCGCCCGCGCCGAGCUGGGCGGCGGGGCCGGAGCCUUCGCCGGGCAGCAGCUCCGGCCCGGAGGGGCUGCGUGGUGCUGGGGACUCUCCGGUACCCCCAUAGUCUCCUGCCCCCGGGGGGUUCGGGGGGGUGGCAGUGCGGCUGCCAGCGGCGCCCUGGGCACAGGUUUUUGGGGGGAUGACCAAGAUGAUGAAGAUGAGGAGGAAGAGGAUGAGGAAGAAGAAAUAGAUGUUGUUACAGUGGAGAAAAGACGCUCCUCUACCAACAAGUCUGUUACCACCUUCACUAUUACAGUGCGUCCUAAAAAUACCACUUUUUCAUCAGUCAGGACACAGCAGAAUGGACUGAUAUUAAAGCGUUGUGCCCCAAUUCACCAGCAGCAUAAUUAUGCCGCUCCUUCUCCAUUCGUGGAGACUGAAGAGUCUCCACCACAGAAGAAGUUAAAAGUCGAGGUGCCCCGUCCAGUAAAACCCACGAUCCAACCAAAGCUUAAGAGUUCAAGUCCUCGAAACUCUGAUUCAGAGGACAGUGAACGUCGACGCAACCAUAAUAUCCUGGAGCGUCAGCGACGUAAUGAUCUACGGUCAAGUUUCCUCACAUUAAGGGACCAUGUUCCAGAGCUGGUUCAAAAUGAGAAAGCUGCAAAAGUUGUGAUCUUGAAAAAAGCCACUGAAUAUGUUCAUUCUCUUCAGGCAGAGGAGCAGAAGUUACUGCUAGAAAAGGAAAAAUUGCAAGCCAGACAAGAACAAUUACUAAAGAAAAUAGAUUACAAGCGGACUUGCUAAACUUUCUUUUGUUUUGGUGUUUUUUUCUGGCUGAUCAGGACAGUCAUUGCCACUUUGCACAUUUUUGAUUCUUUAUAAAAAAUUGUGUUUUUUGACGUUAAGAAUGUUGGUUUUAAUUUCAAUCCAGUCCCUGAAGUAAUCUACAGACUGUAUUAUCCGGGUACGGAGCAAAUGGAUUUUCUUGCAAGGAGUUUAUUGCAAGACUACCAAACAACAGUGGAUUUUCUUGCAAGGAGUUUAUUGCAAGACUACCAAACAACAAUGGACUGCCUUUGUUUUUUCUUCUUAAGAACUGUAGAUGGUGGGGAUUUUUUUUUUUUAAGUGUUGUGAGCAUUUGGAGCUGCUGAUGACAUCUAGUUGAGUUUUAAAAUGUUCAUUCCUAAGUUUUAUGGUGCUUAUGUUCUAACAGAUGUUAUUUUAGGGGUUGGCAUUUUGUACCCCUGUGGGAAUUUCUGUAAAUACCAUCUACACACUUGCCUUUUGUACAUGUCUUGGGUUAUGAGAGGUGGCUUUUGCUGCCAGUAUUAGACUGGAAGUUCAUACCUAAGUACUGUAAUACCUCAAUGUUUGAGGAGCAUGUUUUUGUAUACAAAUAUAUUGUUAAUCUCUGUUAUGUACUGUACUAAUUCUUACAUUGCCUGUAUACUUUAGUAUGAUGCUGAUACAUAACUAAAUUUGAUACUUAUAUUUUCGUAUGAAAAUGAGUUGUGAAAGUUUUGAGUAGAUAUUACUUUAUCACUUUUUUGAACUAAGAAACUUUUGUAAAGAAAUUUACUAUAUAUGCCUUUUCCUAGCCUGUUUCUUCCAGUUAAUGUAUUUGUUAAUGUUUGGUGCAUAGAACUGGGUAACUGCAAAGUUCUGUGUUUAAUUUCUUCCAAUGAUGUACAUUUAGUGCUGCGUCUUAUAGCACUUUGAAAUACCUCAUGUUUAUGAAAAUAAAUAGCAAUUACAUGA